AUGAAGGUCACAUCGUCAGUAGUCUUUUGGCUUUUAGCCAGUGCCGCUGCCCUUAGUGUCAAGAAGCGCCAGGACGGUCCAGUAGAUCCUAACACUGAUCCUGACUGUGAUUGGUACGAUACUCCUAAGAGCGAAUCGGACAGCUGCGAAUUUCUUGAAGGGUUCUGGGGAGUGUCGCAUGCUGAAUUUGUCGCAUGGAAUCCCUCCAUCAAGGACGACUGCAGUGGCCUUACGAUCGGCCACUCGUACUGCGUCGAAGUCGCACGCAAGCCUACCACGACAAGCUCGAGCUCAGUGACGCCAAGUCCCACAAACACGCCGAAGCCGUCUCCAGUCCAAGAUGGUGUUAUAGAUACUUGUACAACAUGGUAUUUUGCUAUUGUGAACGAUGACUGCAAGAAGAUUGCACGAAAGUUCGGUACCUUUUCAGUGGCCGUUUUUAUCAAAUGGAAUCCUGCUGUUGGCUCAGACUGCAAGUCCCUGUGGACUGAAACCUACUAUUGUGUCGGUAUUCCUGGGACACCUACAGCUCCAAUUUCUUCUAGCACAGUGCAACCCUCAUCCACCAACGUCGGAACGUCUAAGCCAUCCCCCACUCAGGAUGGCUUGAUUGAAUCGUGUCAAACGUUCUAUUUCGCCGGCAAGUCAUCCUCAACGACUAUAUUGGAUGAAACAUGUGCAACCAUCCUGAAGAAGUAUGGAACGUUUAGUGUGAAGGAAUUUAUUACGUGGAAUCCAGCUGUAGGCGAAGACUGCCGUGCUUUGUGGGCGGAGACCUAUUACUGUGUUGGAAUACCUGGAACGCCAACUGCCCCUCCUCCGACCAGCACGUUGUCUCCACCUUCCACACCAGGGAAUGGUAUAUCUACACCACUACCAACACAGCCGUCGAUGGUGUCUAACUGCGACGCAUUCUACUUCACUAGCGCAACUCCAACGCCUACUGGAUGCACUAUGGCACAUCCAGAACCUACGCAACCUGACAGUUUAUGUAAGUGUAAGCAAUGGUACCUUCCAGCAAAAAAUGAGUAUUGUGCCGAUAUUGAGAAGAAGUUCGGGAUAUCUGCGACGCAAUUCAGGGUUACUUGGAACCCAAGUAUUGGCACGAGUUGCGGAGGUAUGUGGGCAGGAACAUACGUUUGUGUAAAAGCUUAG